UUGAUGAAUUCCUCCAGUUCCUUCCCCUUCUACCUUCUAUGCCUGCUGUGACUGAAGCUUCCCUUAACACCAAGAUAUUAGAUUUCUUUGGGUCUUAGGCAGGAGAUAGGCAUCCAGACACCAAGAGUAAGGCAGCAGCAUGCAUGUCCAGAGGGAGAAACUUCGGUGUUGAGUGAAUUUAGGCACCUGCAACUAUUCUACUUCGGUGACCAGCUGGAUUGAAUACUUGGUGCUUUGAAGAGGAGUAGAUGGAAUCAGGCCAGAGUUGUAGCACUCCUCUUUCAGACUGUUUUGAGGAUACAUUUGAAUCCUUCAGUGAGGAGGAGGAGGAGGAAGCCUGCAGGCGAUAUGAGAGUGAACUGUUUGAAUCUUAUUGUUCCACAGAGGAGUUGGAGUGGCCUGCUGCUGUGUCAGAUAUAUCUGAAAGCGUAUGGCAGACAGUAAGCCAGGAUGAUGAAGGUGAUCAGGCUUUGUUGUCAGACUCUGAAAUGAUAAAAAAAGAGUUGACUGGAAAAUGGAUCAGCUGUCUCAAAAAUAAAGAAGAUAACCUUAAGCAAGGCAAAUCUAUCAUCAAAACACACACAGAAAUCACUGAAGUAUCAGAUGAAGAAUUGGAUGCUCUGCAGUCUUUUUGUGCCAUUAAGAUAAACCAGAUCCAUUGUCAGUUGAACUCUAAGCAAUCAAACAGCAGCAAACUUAAAGAUCUGCAGCAUGGAUUUACUUCAGAGAAGCCAGUGACAGGUGACUUGAACUGUACUAUUCCUGAUCAGCUAGUGAACAGAAUCCAUCUGAAAAAUAUCAGUGAAACAAUGAAACAGGUGAAAGAAACUAAACUACACCAGCCUUCACAAUGCCAUGAUUGUAAGAAAAAAUUGACAGAACUGGCCAAGAUUACCUUUCUCAGACAAAAGAAGACUUUAGUGGAGAAUGCUUUAUUCCAAGAUAAAUUAGAAGAACAGAUUUAUGUCAAAGACUCGCUCACACUCAUAGGAGAAAUACACAAAAACCUCCCCAAGCUUUCAGAGGAUCCAAGGAUUAUAUGGCAAAGACUGAAUGAGAAAGGUCAGAAAGUGUAGGGCCUGGUUAUGAUGAGUAUUAAUCAAAGAAUGUAAGAGCUGGCAAAAAUCUUCUGGUGACACUCAUGUGCCUAAUGCCUACUAAUGAGAACUGUUUUGUUUGUGACAAACUGAUCAGUGGGCAAAUAUUCCUACAGGUAGAACCAGAUAUUCCCAGAGCACAGAAUUCCAGCUGACAGUCCUGCUUUGUGUCCUUCUCGAAUGCAAAAGCUGCAAUACAGUGUAAUCCAACCAAAUACAUUUUUCAAAUUAUGGAAGCUGACAUUUUUGUUAUUAUUAUUCUGAUAAGCAAUAACUAUUGUUUUUGUGGGUUUGCUUAUGGGAUUUCAGAGCAGCUCACUGCUUCUUCAAUCUGUACAAAAAAUAGAUGGUUCUGUUUUUCUGGGUGGGAAGGUGUAAUUAUUGGGCUUCAGCUCAAUCUUUACCUUCUGCCUCCUGCUAAAUUGAAAGCUAGAGCCCCAGGUGGAGGAGAGAGAGAGAAGGUUGCAGAGUAACUGUAAAAGGAAUAAAAUGAAACUAGGCAUUUAUAGAACUGAAAUAAUGAGAAUAUGAACUGAAAUAAAUCAGUAACCCUGAGAAUGCCAAUAGGACAAGAAAUGGCUUUAAAUUAAUCAUAAAACCUGUCUGGGGUGGAUGUUUAGAAAUGAAAGAAAACAAAAUACAGAAUAAAAGUGGAAUAAAAUGUCAAUUAAGAUAAUAUUUUGACUGUUUUCUGAACUUGCUGAUGCAUAUGCUGUCACUUUCUAUCGAUUCCUGAAAAGGAAUGUCACUAUCUCAUUGAGAUUAUCUCUGGGUGAAAGUCUGGUACUAAUAGGAAGUCCAAGUAAAGGGGCUUUGCACAGGAGAACUCUGGGGGCUGGAAGCAGUGAAAUCCUUCUGCUCACUCCAAGCAAGGCAUGUGGGCAGCAGAACUAUGACCACUACUGUGGUCACCAUCGUGGCUUCUACUGACAGCCGUAGCAUAUUCCAUCAUCCCUCACCAGGGAUAUGUAGCCAAUGGAUCCACAUGAGUUGCAGGCCCACUGGCCUCUGCAUCCUCCAUGUUUUCAGCACGUUUGGGCCUUCCACAGCAAUUUAGGAUCUGGGAAGACAUUUGUCUAUCAAAUAUGUAUAUGAAGGAGAUCACUGACUAAUAGUUCAGUGGCAUGUUAAGACACUAGAAUGAUACUUUGGUGUUGCGUUUUUUUUCCCUUUUGGUAAAAGAAAAUCUGUUGAAGGGGUUGAUUUGAUGUUCUGUUUAAACAAAUUACAGGUAUGUAGUUGUUACAUAUACUAUGUAUUGUAGCUAUCAGAUCAGUGUACCCAGGGUUGUGUGUUUAGCCACAUGGUUUCAUGAUGCACAAAUCAAUAUAAAGCAUGAAAAUAAAUUAGGAUGCUGGGAAUUAGAGGUUCACUUAGAUUAUCCUUGAUCUUGUGGUAUAAAUAACCUCCAUGAACGAUUUCAUUAGUUUUGCCUGAGUAGGUUAGACCUUCAGUGAAUCUCUAGAGCAGUCUUAAAUUCUUUAAUACUAGCUGUUCUCAUUCUUUCACUGGCAGCUUAUUCCACCUUUUAACAACCGUCUGGGCAUAGUAGCCCAUCCUAAGAACUCCCAUUAGCAUCACUUUCAGUUUUAGAUCACGACUGCAACUUUUAUAGCUAUCUUAUAUGGUGAGCAAGAUGCCACUGGAUUUUUUUGUUAGUGCACGAGGCUUAGGUAUAUUAAAAUCCCCCAUAAAUCUCCUUUCUUCCACUUUUAUAACCCUGUUCACAUUAGACAUUCCAUCUCUGCCCCAUAUUUGUCUUGUGACUCCACUCCCCCUCCCUUCCCAAACUCUGCCUAAUUCCUUGUUGACCUUUUUUGAACUCCAUUAGCAAAAGUUCCCCCAUUACUCAAGAUAAGGUCUCAUAAGGGUUCUGUUGUGGAGCAGUGGUAGCAAAGUGCACACACAGAAAGGGAGGCCAUGCCUAAGGCCCUUUGAAAAUUUACCCUUGCAUAACACAGUGCAAAAUAAUACACCAGUGUAGCUUUGUUUCAUUACUAAAAACAGGCAAUAUUAGAUACAGGGUUCUAAAUCCAUAGUGACAGGACACAGCAGUGCAUCUGAACUCUGCUUUUGGUGUCCAGAUUGUCACUGGAAAUCUUGAAGUAUUUCUUUUUAACUCUUAGUUCUCAACUGUUUGUGUAAAUACACUGAAUUAUAAGUUCUUUGGAUCAGACACUUACCGAUUUUAUUUUCCCGCAGUGCACCAUUCACACCCAAUUUAGAGAGGCAGUUCAGAAAAUUCAUUUAAAAAUUCAGCACCCGUAUGAUCUGUGGUGUGUAUCUUUUUCUGCUGCUCAGUACUGCAGGCUGAGAACAGUUUUGGAAUUCUUCUCUUUCCUAUUUUAUCAACAGUAACUCUGGGAUCUGAACACUUAUUUUCUGUUACCUGGUUGCAGCUAUUGCUGAUGUACAGUACGAAGCAAAUGAGAGAGGUUGCCCUGUAAAUUACUUAUUUCAUACUCCUGCAGGGACUGAGACUAGUAACCAAAGAAUUUUGACAUGGAGACCACACAAAGGCGUCUAGAUCAGUGCUCUUCCUUUUACACUCCCCAGGAGCCAUUUUUUUUUUUUGAGUGAUUUUUGUUUUGAUCUGGAGAAACAUCUUUAAAACUGUGAUCAAGAAAAAUUUAUUCACCUGGUUUCCUUGUCUGUGCUCAUUGGGGUAUAAAAGGAGUGAGACUGAUGAAGGGUGAGUCAUACAAUAAGCAGAUGUGGCACUGAAACAAAUUAGUCCAUCCAUUGUUAAGUGUCAUUUAGAGUUUUUCUUUUUUGGUUUUCAUACUGCACACUCUUACCCUUUUUUAAUCCUCUGAAUGAUUUGUGAAGCACUAGAGUUUAUUGCUAUGAACAUCUUGCAAAUGCAGAAGUGAUUUGUUUUUGUUACAUACACUGAUUUAUUUUA